AGCCCAGCCCGGUGCGCCCCGAGCGCCGCCGGGGCUCAGCCACCCCCGCCCGGAUCCAGGCACAGAAAACGGGUAAUAACCGAAGACGGCCUCACAGCAGGAAAGUGAGAUCAGAUUGGCAAUGCAGCAGUGAGUGGCAUGAUUGAAGACAAGACAAAAAGCAGGCUACAGCAAAAGGUGUGAGCUUCAUAUUUUCUCCCUGAAACAAGGUUAUAGCUGAAGAGUUCAAGAUGAUACCAAAUUACUCUACUGAAGAAACUGUUAAAAGAAUCCACGUGGACUGUCCUGUUUCAGGAAGGCACAGCUACAUCUACAUUAUGGUUCCAACCGUUUACAGCAUCAUCUUUAUCAUAGGCAUAUUUGGGAACAGCCUGGUCGUUAUUGUCAUUUACUGCUACAUGAAAUUAAAAACAGUAGCCAGCAUCUUUCUUCUCAACCUGGCCCUGGCUGACUUGUGUUUUUUGAUAACUCUGCCCCUCUGGGCUGCCUACACGGCCAUGGAAUACCAGUGGCCUUUCGGCAACUGUUUGUGCAAGUUGGCCUCGGCGGGGAUAAGUUUCAACCUGUACGCCAGCGUGUUCCUGCUCACCUGCCUGAGCAUCGACCGCUACCUGGCCAUCGUGCACCCGGUGCAGUCGCGCAUCCGCCGGACCAUGUUUGUAGCCCGAGUAACCUGCAUCGCCAUCUGGCUUCUCGCCGGCGUGGCCAGCCUGCCCGUCAUCAUUCACCGCAACAUAUUCUUUGCUGAGAAUUUGAACAUGACGGUCUGUGGCUUUCGCUAUGAAAGCAAUAACACGACGCUCCGGGUCGGGCUAGGUUUAUCCAAAAAUUUGCUGGGCUUUUUGAUUCCUUUUCUAAUCAUAUUAACAAGCUACACUUUAAUUUGGAAGACACUGAAGAAGGCAUAUCAAAUUCAAAAAAAUAAGACUAGAAAUGAUGAUAUUUUUAAGAUGAUUGUGGCAAUUGUAUUUUUCUUUUUCUUUUCCUGGAUUCCUCAUCAAGUGUUCACUUUUCUGGAUGUGUUGAUUCAAUUACAUGUAAUAACAGAUUGCAAAAUCACUGAUAUUGUGGAUACAGCUAUGCCCUUCACUAUUUGUAUCGCUUACUUUAACAACUGUCUGAAUCCAUUUUUUUAUGUUUUUUUUGGAAAAAACUUUAAAAAAUACUUCCUUCAGCUAAUAAAAUACAUCCCACCAAACGUCAGCACACAUCCAAGCCUAACAACAAAAAUGAGCUCCCUCUCCUAUCGGCCACCAGAAAAUAUCCGCUUGCACACUAAAAAGACUGCUGGGCCUUUCGACACCAAUUGAGGCGUUUUGCACAGUUCUUCUCUUGAACAACCUUGUGUGCGAAGCAGCAAGAAUAACAAGAUUCAUCUGCUGUCCUCAACAUCGCAGCUCAUUCCAGCAACACUGGAUCACCUCCGAGAAAUCAUACUGUAAAGAGUCCGCAGUGGCCUUUCAGCUUACAUUGCAAAGAGGACUGAUUCGUUUUCAUUUUGUUCUCCUUUACUGAAAGCAGCGUAAGUGUUGGACGGGCAUGUCAGAGAUCCUGCCAGCAUCCCACCGUCCGCUCGGAGCUACGAAAGAAGGGGAGGACAAACUCCUAACUUAAGUUCACAGGUGUUUCAAAAGGAAAAGCUUGUGCAAAUAACAUGAAAUACAAAGAACUUGAUUUGCAUAUAUGUGAGCUAUUCUGUUGAAGGAGUGGAGCUUUGUUUCUUGUUUUGUUGGUGUUUUUUUUUUACGACAUAAAUGUCUUAUAAUCAUAUUUAUAAUAUAUUUUCAAAUAUAUGUUAUAUAUAGAGGCCCAGUUUUAAACUCAAAUGGAAAUUUAAGGUUCUCGAAAUUGGUCUUAUUCUGAUUUAUGCUACUAUUUUUUUUA